AGGCGGUGGUGGGGGCCCCUGCAGGCUGCGAGGGCCCCUGCAGCCUGCACAAGCCGCCCUGCCCCCCCUCCCGCAAACACACGCACACGCACACGCACACGGCAAAAGGGAACACUUUACGUUUGUUUGUUGUGAAAUAGAAUCGAUAUGGUUGUUGGCACGAAAUUCAGUCCUUGAGCGAUUGACCCCCACAGUGUGUGAGGGCGGCGAGGGAACCCCGCCGUGUGGGGUGUCUAAGGAGAGCCCGCGAGCCCCACAGUGCGCUGGUGGGGUGCUCGAGAGCAGGAAAUAAGCCGCGAGAGGAGGACAGCCCCCGCGAGGAGCCGCGGCCGCGACGGCUGCCUCCGCCGCCGCGACAAAGGCUCCCUGACGGCUCUCUCUCUCGCUCAGCUGUGAUGGAUCUGCCUCACAUGGACCACACUUUUCCCUCGCUGUGUGUGUAGUGUGUCGUGUGUAGUGUGUGCGGUUAUCCCGCGGGAGGCGGUGAAGAAGUAGGAAUAUUUGAAAUCAUCGGUGUGCAAUGAAUUUGCAACUUAAAAGUACAGUACAGUACAUUUGAAAAUAAGUACUGUUUUAAGUAAGCCUACACCACCAUCAUGAUACGACAAAAUGUGCAAACUUGGUUGCAUAAAUUUGAUUGGGCCACGAAGUGUUCUGAUGAAGGCAGUGUGUUAUCGAAUUAAAAUCAGUCUUGACCUUCCGCUGUACAAUUAUCUAGUAUCAUUGUUCUAUACAGUUGACAUACAAUUGUACAAGUGAAUUGUAAAUAUUGUGGGGAAAAAAGUGAUUGGUUGUGAUCAGUGAUGAAAAGAACAAAUUGAAAUACAAUACAGUAUUUGAUUUCUAGAAAAGUUUUUGGAUUUUCACUAGUGAUGAGAACUUAUCUAGUGUGAGUGCCAGUACAAGUAUUUUUGCCAUGGAUCUCAGUGUCAGGCGGGGUGAUGAAGAAGAAGAGGGAAGUGAACUGAGUGCAGUGAACAACGGGUCAUUGACGUCUGAAGAGGCUGGGGAGGAGCAGGAGGAUAGUGGAGUUCAUAGUGGUGUUCAAGAGUCCAGAGAAGGAGAAAGUGAACUUGAGAAUUCCAGUACUGUUAUGGACCUUUCUGGCAAUGUUCCAGCAUCUAACAAAAGACAUAGAGAAGGUGAAGAUGAUUCCGAGGUAUCUGGUGAAUGUGAAGCGCCACCUACAUCUAGACCCCGGCUGACUGCCACCCCUGAAGCUAACAACACUGCCAACCAUGUUAACGACAGCCACCAGCUUUCUUCAGACUUGGUAGACGAUACCCCAAAGGUGAACGGAAUCAGCAAUGGGUACGAGAGCGACAGCACCGGCAUCAACGACGUCAACGAUGAAGACGACGACGACGACGAAAUGCCACCUGUGCCACCCAUCAAGGAGCUGAGCCCCGAGGAACUGGCGGAGAAGAUGAAGCUGGUCCAUCGACUGCAGGUAGAGCUUCGCAAUGAGGAGAUGAAGCUGGUACUCCUCAAGAAGGUCAGGCAGUCCCAGGUGAUGAAGGAGAAUGUGAGUGCAACUGCUAAUGAUGCCAAAACUGCACUGACCAAGCUUCCGUCGAAUACUACGGCCACUAAGCUGCCGCCCUCACAACCUCCGCCUCUCAUUAAACAUGACUUGGGUGCCAAGGCCUCGUCUUCGGCAAUACCAGCACACAUUAAGGCGUCGCGUGAAUAUAAACAACAGAUAAAAAAUAUGACUUCUGCAGCAUCUGCAGAAGCGUUAUCACCGAGUGCACUACAAGCCCAAAAACAUCUCCUGGCUAGGGAUUCAUUUUUUUCCUCAGGUACUACUUUAACUAGUACUGGUGGCGGGAAUGGUUCCAGCAACAGCAGCAGCAAGUCCAGUAAUGGAGGUAGUAGCAGCAGUUCCAGCAAUAUGAUAACGGGACUACCCCCCAAUCUAAAUCUUCCAUUCAAUUUGUCGCGCGAAGUGGAGAUCAUCCGUAAAGAUUCUCCGGCGUCGUCGUCGUCUCCGGGCCCUGGGCCGUUGGACUCGCCCUCACAGGUGUCCAUCUCCAAGGUGCGGACGUCUACCCCUCACCCCACACAUCCAUCAGCCGACCGUGCCCUCAUUAAGCCUGUGAGCAGUAGUGGGAGCAGCAAUAACAGCAACAGCAGCAGCAACAGAAUGGAAGACACGCACACACCUGCCCAAAGGCAAGCGGCGGCGCGUCUUGCUCUUCGCAAGCAGCUGGAAAAGACAUUGCUCAGGAUUCCGCCACCUAAACCACCACCUCCCGAGAUGCACUUCAUCCCGAACCCAAACAACACAGAAUUUAUAUACUUGUUGGGUCUGGAGCAAUGCGUGGAACAUAUCCUCUUAAAUGGCAAGAUGUCGGACCCCCACCCUACACCCUUCAUCUGUACGCAGUGUGGCACCGACUUUACCCCAGCCUGGAAGUGGGAUAAGGCUUCGCUGAAAUCUAAAGUUAAGGGCGAGAAUGGAAGAGACGUGAAGGUAGUGUGUGAAUUGUGCGUCACGACUAAUAUCAAGCAAGCCCUCAAGCAGGAACACACGAACCGCCUAAAAGCUGCGUUUGUGAAAGCGCUGCAACAGGAGCAGGAGAUUGAGGCCCGUAUGGCGCAGGUAUGGGCACAUAAGGCCCAGAGACAUUACCGGAGAGAGAUCAACAAAAGCUCUACGGUCCAAAAUGUAUACGACCGAGAGGAACGCCGCAGAUCGGGUGUCAUGGCUGAUUCAAGUGACUUCUUGACAGUAGGAGGGAGGGGGUCUUCAUCUUCAGUGGUCAUCUUACAACGUCAGGCAUCGCCACAGCCCGAUUUAUCCAGUGCAUCAGUAUCUAUGACUCCCGUCACCGCAUCGAUACCAUCGCCAUCGGCACGACUCCCUGCUAGUGUGUCGGUUACUGCAGUCAAGUCUGAUUAUGGACAUGGCUCAAGGAGCUCUAGCCACCGCUCAUCACCGUCAGUGGCAGCGCAGCUUCAGCUGCAGCGUGAGCGAGAGAGACAAAAGGAAAGGGAGAGAGAGAAGGAAAGAGAGAGGGAGCGAGAAAGAGAACGAGAAAAGGAGAGGGAAAGAGAACGUGAGCGUGAGAGGGAACGUGAGCGUGAGAGGGAGAGGGAAAGGGAAAGGGAACGUGAGAAAGAAAGGCAUCAACGUGAGAAGGAACAGAGGGAGAGAGAGCAACGUGACAGGGAACAAAGGGAAAAGGAAAUGUUUUUGCCUCCAGGUCUAACGAAACAGCAAAAAGAACAAUACAUGCAGAGCAUGACUGCUGCAGCAGCAAUGGCUGCUGCCAUGUCGAACCCUGCAGCGCUGCAACAAUUACAGGCAGCUCAGCAACAGAUGCUAAGAAUGCAGGGUUUAGGUAGUGCGGCAGCUGCUGCAGCUGCAGCAGCAGCUGCUUCCCAACAGUUACCUGCUCAUAUGCUAGCCCCUUAUUUACUUGGACCAUACAAUCCAUUUGGCCUUGGUCAGCUGCAACAAUUGAUGGCUGCUUCAGCAGCUCAGCUAGGAGUCCCAACUUCCUCAGCUCCCUCAACUUCCAGCAGUAGUAACAGCAGCAGCAGUAACAGCAGCAAAAGCUUAGCUCAACAACAGCAACAAGAGAUAAUGCGGCAAGCGGCAGAGGUUCAUCGUCAGUACCUAUUGGAUAUGAUACCAUCAGGUGGUCUGCACAGCCAGCAGUCCCACUCUAAAUGGAAGAGCUGAUGGGUGGGCGCCUGGCCAGCCUCCCUGUCAUCAGCCCCCACCAGCCUCUGCCAGCACUGCUGAUGGGACAGUGCUGCUGCUGGUGGAAAGUGGGACUAAAGGACCCUGUGACAGUGACUCAAGUGUGUUCAGCCUAGCUAUGGCCUGCCCACCUAUAGUGUUGUGCCUCGGCCGCAGCUGGGCCAUGCUGCACCUGGGGUUCCUAGUCACAUUAGGAUAAGGAAGCUCUCUGUGAUGUGACCAGUGAGUGAGGGGUACUGUUGGUCUUCGGCCGACCCUUGACCGUAGCACAAGCAGCCAUGAUGGUCGCCCUGUAGCAGUGUUGGCCAUUCGGACGAGAAGAGUUGUAUGGAGAGUUUCAGACGCUGGAAGAAAAAAGAAUCUUUCACAGAAAUCUGAGACAGCAAGAAGGUAGCCUGACUCUUGGCAACAAUAGGCAACCUUUGACAGUGAACUCUAGUGAAUGACAGUUAUGGUAUUACAUGACCACAUCCCUAAUUUAUUUCUGUUGUCAUUUGUUGUCCAUUACGGUGCAAGGGAAUAUCUUUUCUUCACCAUUAAUCUGUAUUGUUACAUAGUUGUAGGGUGUCUUGGGACAGUGAGCAACGUGCCCUGCACACGCCUUGCUAUCUCUGUCUCUUGGCUGCCUCUAUGGGUCACGCAUGGUCUAGUUUCAUUAGAGUAAUAGUGACACGAUGGUAAUGCAACAAACCAAGGUACUUUCCCUGCACUGAUCAUUUGUUCUUCAUGUGAUAUGUUGUUUGUUUCAACCUUUGUUCAGCACAAGGGUGGGCAGAAUCGCACAAACUGACCAGUGUGCUGUCAAACCGAUAUCUAUGUGAUUGGGAUGAAGCAUCUCGUGCAGGCAGAUGUCUGCGUGAGACUGCGGUGAGGCUUAUCCAGGAACCGGGCUCCCCUCCUAUAUAUGGUUUGUCAUCAGUGACGAUAAAAUCAUCCACACUUCUUGCCUGAUAAAUGCUAGUGGAUCACAGACAAUUUAUCAGGUGUAAGCAUUUAUUAAAUUAUAUUUUGAGUUAUGUACAAAGUCUUCAUUGGAUGCAAUGUAACCUAAAGUUAUGGCAUCUUAACUAUCCUCUGUUAAAUGUUUCAUGAAAAAUGGUAUUGAAAUAGGCUGCAGUGUAAAAGUUUUAUUUACGAAGUAUUAUAAAAAUUGUUCAAGGUUAUGAAAAGUGUCACAUGGGAUUUUUUAAAAUAUGUAUAGUAUAUAUUUUUUUUAUGGAGACAUAUUAGGGGUGUUUGGUUGGUGUAUGAGGGCCCUGGUUUCUGGCGUUGUCACUACCCAGGGGAUUCCAGUUAUCUGUUCGAUUCUAUUAUAAUUGUCAUCACUCCAGUUUUCAUAGCCAUGGCUGAGUUUCAGAUUCAUGUAGGCUAGUGUUUUCACUUCAUAAGUAAGAUAAAUAGGGCCUUUUUCAAUAAAGAAGAUCUGAAAAACUGA